ACCCCCCCUGUCUCUACUCUAUAUAUCUAUAAAUUUCUCCUCCUUAAUUAUUUACUACACUAAUUUAUAUUUAAUAUAUAUGUGUGUAUAAUAUAUGUAUUCGUAUCGUCUUCAAUCUCCACCCCACUUCCUUUUUCUUUUCUUCUCUUUCCAUUGAAAAGAAAAAUCUUAAGAAACAGUGAUGGAAGGUAUUUCAGCGACCAUGUACAAGAACUUGAAAGGGUACUGGCAAAGGAGAGGCUACAUCAAGCUAAAUGGUACGAAAGGAGGAGGACGGCGGAGCAAGGUGGAGCUUGGGUCGUCGCGACGGAGGCGAUUCUGGAAGAUAAGGGUGAAAGCGAAGCUGAGAUUACCUUCGCCCAAGAAGUUCUUUGUUUGGCUACGUGAUGCGUACGUGAAAAUGAUGCUGGGGUUGGCUAACUCCCGGAUGGUUAGUACCGGCUACGGUGGAGCUAUGGGGGACCAUCAUGGGAUUGCAGCCUUGGGGAAGCGUCCGGUUAAGGAGUACGAUGAGAAAAUGAUCGUCGAGAUCUAUAAAUCGUUGGUGAUGGCGCAAGGUCAGCUGGUGCCUCGUGAGGCGGGGAAGCUUAGGUCUGCCAUUAUUUGUCAACGGUGAAAGGGGGGAAAUAGCUAUCUUCUUUUUCAGUCAUCGGAUUGUACCACAAAACUCAGUGGCGAAAACAAGUUCAUGGAACCAUAGAGGAUCCCCCCAAAAAACUACUUCUUUUUCUGUUCAAAAUGGUUUAAUGCUCAUCUUAUGUUGUUAAUUUGUUUUAACAAGUUUAAUUAAGAUCUAUUCUAUUAAAAA